AACAUGCUUUAUUUUGAAUAAUCAAAUUGAUAUUGGAUAGUUCUUUUUCUAGUCUUCUCUCUCAAUGCAAUCCAUCCAUCACGGGCAGCAAUUUGGAAGAAUCUACGAUGACUAAGGCAUUGAUAUUUGUAGGCACUUCUGUUACCGAGCAUAUCAAUAAGCUGAAUUCGAUCUUAACCAGACUUGCGUCAGUUGGCAUUAAGUUCGAUGAUGAAGUUCAAGCUUUACUACUGCUAUCGUCUUUACCUGAUAGUUGGUCCGGAACGGUUACUGCAGUUACCGGUUCAGUGGGACCCGAUGGAUUCACCUUUGAUCAGAUUCGAGAUCUCGUUCUUGGUGAGGAUGUCAGAAGAAAGAGUUCUCGGGAGUCAUCUGGUGAAUUGCUUCUUGUUGGUAGAGGCAGAAGAAAUAGCAGAGGUAGUGGGAGCAGGAAUAGACAAAGGAGUCAGUCGAAGACUCGUGACAGCUCAGGUGUAACGUGCUGGAAGUGCAAGGAGGUGGGGCAUUUUAGGAAUCAAUGUCCGAAUGAUAAGAAAGUAAACAUUGCUCAAGGCUCUGCGAGUGACGAGGAGGUCGCUCUAACUUGCUGUGAGGAAAGCAAUGUGGAUUCCUGGGUUAUGGAUUCUGGUGCUUCAUUUCAUGCUACCCACAGCGGUGAAGCAUUUCAGAAUCUGGUUAUUGGGGACUUUGGUAAGGUACGACUAGCGGACGACAGAGCUCUUGAGUUGGACGAACAGGGACACGAGGUGAAGUUCAGAGAUGGGCAGUGGAAGGUCGUGAAGGGAAAUCUUGUCAUGGCCCGUGGAAAGAAGAGAGGUUCGCUGUAUAUGGUCGAGUUACCAUCUGAGGGAGUGACCGUCCCAGUUCAGAAGAGAGACAAAGUCCGGUUCACAGAGUCUCGUGGGCAGAAGAAGGUUGUCUAUGCAAGAGAGAAACCUAGAGCCACAGGUCAGACUCAGGAUGAACGAGCAUGGAAAGGUUCAAGGGGGCCAGUCAGAGGUAUUUGUGGCAGUGGGAGCUCAAGAGGCGCUUCCGCCAAGUUGCCUAGAAGACAAUGGGUCACGAGAACCAGUAUUCCAGCUGUUGGAACAUCUCCAGAAAAUUUCUUGCUGAGUAUGGAGAGUGUUUGUUCUCAAGAUGUUCCAGGUUCCGGCAGUGUGCGUUUGUAGUGGGAGCCGGUAGGGACCGAGGACGAGUCAGGGGCAGAUUUUGUCGUGAUUGAUGUGUUGGAGCUUGCGAGAGCUUCAACGGG